AGGCAGCAGCGGAGCUGUACCAGGGACUAGGUUCGCCGGAAAAACAAGGGGAAUAAACAGUAAAUUAAUACCAUAUCUCUUUUGGUCGUUCUAAAAAAUGGGUACAACAACUUCUGCGCCAACUUCUGCGCCAACUUCUGCGCCAACUUCGGAGGCAAGAAAUCCUGUCAGUACUGGGUUGAAAGCCUGCGCUUCGGAAAACGAGUACGCUUUCAGAGAAUUGGCCACUUCAGCAGCAAAACAAAACGACGAGGCAGGAAGAAGUGCAGAAAGUUCGAGCGACGCCAAGAAGAAGGUCUUCCCGAACGACCCCGACACGGUAGCUCAGGCAAUCAAUUCUUGGAAGGAACUCACGCCCUCUGGCAGAGUCGAUGCAAUUAAGAAGGCGAGGGAAGGAUUGGCAAAGAAGGCCGAGUCGGGCGAGCAGGACCAGCCAAUAAAUUCGAAAAACGAAGUCUGGUUAGGCUUCUUCAACAACGAAAACGAGAUCGCGGAUUUUACAGACGGUAAAACACUCAACAUGUACUAUCGACCUGGUGCUGUCGGGACUAAGUGUUUCCUGCACUUGCAACUCGACGAGACUGGCCCGGACAAGAAAUCUGUGAGUGCGAUUCAGACUGUCCGAGUCGGUGAGCUGGAAGUCGUCAAGACCGAGGUGGCGAAAGAACAACCAGAUGCAGAAGGUGGCGGAACCGCCUUCACUGAAAUCACGCCUUCCUCCUACUACAAAUCGCAUCAACAUUCUGAUUCUACUUCUUCCACAUCCUCUUCCUCGGAUUUCCACCAGCAAAACUUCAUCGAAUCCAGCAGCAAAACCUCUUCGCAUCAACCGACCAAAAACCUCGAGCUGUUCAACUACUACAAGCAACAACUCUACGACAACAACGCCCUCAACUAUUCCACUACGGAGCUCGCCUUCAUCGCCGGGAUCAUGUCCGUGCUCGCCAUGAUCGUGGUCGUAAGAAACUGCAGAACUCCUUCUCUUCCUCAUUUGAAAUGCAUGACCAGCAACAGAAACACUGGUAUGCAUGGAGCUUCGGCAUGAGGAGUCUAUGCUCUGAUUGUCGCUACUUCUAGUGAACAUUUAGGCGUCCGUCAUGGGUCAUCGAGAGUUGUGCCGCUAGAAUGCGCGUGACAAAUGAGUGCGAAGGGGAGUUCUCCAGUUGUAUAAGCCAUCAUUGUCGUGUACUUCACCACCGAGUACUGUGCAAAGCGCUUUCAGCGGAACAAUACCGGGUUGGCGAAGGAGACGAAGUCGCACAGAAGAUCUUCGACGAAGCAGGGUAAGAGAAAGAAAAACCGUGGUUCUGGUGCCGAACACCUCCAGAACGAGUAUGCGUUGCAAAAAUGAUGUCUCAGUCUCGAAGAAUGCAGCCUGUCAUGCGAAGUCUCGACCACAACAGAAAUCUGUGUUGCGUGAACCCCAAAAGGAGCUGCCUAAGUAUUUCUUGCCCAGCAAGAGGCGGACUUCUCAUGCAGGAUGGGCAUGGAGAGUCCCUCGCAGUAAAAUCUGUGAUGCUUCUGUGUGCAUUCCAGACCAUGUGUGUGGUCCCUGAGAGGCAUGACAAAUCCUGCAUCUUUCCAGACCCACGACACGGCAACAUAUUUGCAAUGCAUAACGGUCUCUCCACCACGAUUUCCUGCGGAUCCAGCAACACAAGUUCCAGCUCCAAUCCAGCUCGUCUGCAUACCUCCUUUAUUGAGGAAGAAGAGGAAAGCCUGCUCUCCUCCCGGUCCGGUGAAAGUGACGUGGACGACGAGUCUGUGGAGUGCAGUAGCGGGGUAUGAGAGUGCACAACUCGAACUUCCCCUCAUUUGUAAUGCAAAAUACCAAAGCCAUGCCUUUUGCCUCCAGGCUCUCUCUGCAUGACAGAAUUCCUCGGGAGCGCAAACAGUACUACUACACUAAGCGCAUAAAGUUGUCAUGCUGUUGGAUAGAUCGGAAUCAUAAAUGACCUAGUGACGAUCAGAAGCAUACUACGAUGUAAAUCGCGAUGCAAAUCUGGUCUGAUGUCAAAUCCCUCGGGCUUGUAGUGCCCUCGAUCUGAAAUCCAUGAUCCUCCUCCGAUAGCCGUAGCCAUCCUGUUUGUCAUGCAUAUUGUCCAUCCUCUUGAUAUCUCAUCACACCCCUGCAGGUUGCGACUAGUACCCAUACUAGUGCGUCGAUAACAGAUAGUAAACACACAGUGACUCGUAGUCACUUAGUACUGCUAGCGCUUGUUCCCAUCUCGUUUACCUCUGUUGUUGCUAUCGUGCGUCUAGGCUUCUAACAAUCUAGUCGCACCUUUAUUCAGCCAAAAUUUUAGUAGUUUUCUUGAUGUUUAGAAAACUUGCAACUACAAUUUUUACUGAUUUUCUUGUGUAGAAAAUUUGAAAAACAGCCACUACAUCUUGUAAGAUUUACUUGUAAAAUUGCAGAAUUAGCAUUACAAAUUUGAACGCAUUUGUUGAAAACGCACCCCCACAACUUCAAGAAGUCUAUCUGCAAAAUUUAGAAAAGAAAUUAAAUGUCAUGCAGACAUUUUGGUGCUAGUUGCGUAGCUAGAGAACUUGGAAAGCAUAGAGAUUUGUGCAUUUUAGGCGCGAAGUGUUACGGCUCCAAAGGUUGGAACGUUGAAGACCUUAGCGACCCACAAUUUGCAAACUAUUUCCACAAUCUCGAUUGGGAUACAAAUUGGGAAUUUGUAUUUAAGCGCGAUUAUUGUUUUCUUUUGAACACAAUGGUCGACACUAACCAGGUGGAAAAGUACUCUAUUCCGCCCUACGACGGGAAUCCGAAGGGAUGGUCGGACUGGCGGUUUAAGGUGCAAGCCUUGUUGCAGAUGUUGGGUAUCUUGACUUUGAUCGAAAACUUCUUGAAAACGCCUUCUAUUGACGGAUGGAAGGAUGACACGAGGGCCAUCGGUGCGCAGUUCUUCGCUCGCUUGUGCGUGGCGUUGACUGGGGACGCGCUGGAGGUCGUGAAGAAAAAGACAGUCGUUUGCAUUAGUACGGCUUGGGGUGCGUUGUUGUUGGAAUUCGAUAAGCGGACCAAAUUCGCCCGAAUGCGGUCGCUUAAGGAUUUACUAACCACCCGGAAGGACAAAGACCAAACGGUAAGGGAGUUCGUUCAGCGGAAACAAAACAUCUUUCGAGAUGACCUGGGCGGUGAAGUCUUCCGCAGCGAGUUGAUGACUUUCGGAUGCUUCUACAACCUCGGGAACGCCUUCGAUUCUUUUAUCAUGCCGCACGUCAUUCAGGACAAGCCGGACAAUGAUAAUUUGUUGAAGUUGGCGGAGGAGUGCGAAUCCGUCUUGAAAGACGGGGGCACCGAAGAGGACACCGCAAAGCCCGCUUCUCUCAACUUGACGCAGGCCGAUCACAAAGCGAUCGCUGCUGAAGUUGUUGCGCAGAAGGGGAAGAAGGGUGGACGCUGGGUCAACAAGAACCAGCACCCGUACAAGAACAACAACCAGAAGAACAACAAGGGCGGCGGAAAAGGAGGCAAGGGAGACCAGCAGAAGGGAAAAGGCGGCGGUGGAGACAAAUCCAAGAUCAAAUGUCACAAGUGCAAGCAGCUUGGACAUGUUCGUAAGGAUUGUCCCAACUGACGAAGCUGGCCGGGUUCCGAUGAGAAUUGUCAAAUUUCUCAUGCUGCUAAACGUCGAAAAACCGAUGUUGCUAAUGUUCAUGUUUGUGAAACAGGCUCUACUUCUGGUCAAAGUAGUAAUGUUACAUGCAAUCAAAAACUACAAUCUCCCUCUGUGUACAAUGUCGAAGUACUUGAAAGCAAAACAAAUGUAUUUGAGACAGCACCUAUAUCCAAUCAGUGUGUACUUGAGACUGCCUCUAUUUCCGAUGAAAAAGCAUCUAUUUGUAAGAUUGAAGAUUUGCCGUUCGCUCGUGAUUCAAAAUUAAAAGGUACUACAUGUAAGAUUGAAGCUGAAAAAUCUCUACUUGAUUCCGCUCGUGUUAAGAAUGUGAAAGUACCUAAAAUGAAAGAAAAUCCAUUACAAAAAAUGCCUAUUCUGCAUGGGGUUUCGCGCUUGUAUGAUCCUAGCAAUUUAAAAAGAAAAGCGAACCCGCAUGAGAUGGCAAAGAACAAAAAUUACGAGGUGGCAGAUUCCGCCCGUAAAGCAGAAGGAAACUGCAUGGAUUGGACUUAUUUUAACUUGUGCAAGUUUGUAGGGGAAUCAUGCAACGGGGUGAAAGAUCAGCAAAUUUUUGAUUUUGCCGAUACUCCUAAGGGCUUCACUGUCUUGGUGCAUGGUCACCACCAGGGCAGGGACAAGAAAAACGAAAACCAGGAGGCACAAGACUGGUUUGGUGAUUGGUCAAAAGAGCGGGAAAAGGGUCAAACAGAUCAAAACGGCGAAAAGUCCGCCGGCGCUGUUUCGUCUUUGACAUUUGCACUUUUGUCGAAGGGAAACGGGAAAAGCGCCCAUGGGAUUACCAUCCGCCCGGAUGGUACUCAAACAACGGCAGUUGUUGAUAGUGGUGCCUCGCACCACAUGACAGGGGACUUGAGUUGUUUUCAGAUUGUGUUUUGGGAUGAUCCAGUAACGUUAACGGUUGCCGACCGAACGUUAGACACUCCCGCCUACCGUGGUUACUUCCACCAUAACUCUUUAGGUUUAAUGGGUGGUCUAUACCAUCCUGACGCAAAGUUGUUUUUGGUGUCGGUAAGUCUUUUGAACGACGAAAAUGACUGCCGGGUAGUUUUUGAGGGGAGAGACGCGCUCUACCUCCAAAAGAAGAAAACAGGUUUCAAAAUUCCGAUGCGCCGGGACACUUUAACAAAUUUGCCGCAAAUAGACUUUGCGUUUCACAGCUUGAGCGAGCUGGAUACGGCUGGCGAUUUACAAAACGGAAAGAGCCGGGCCGCGUGGUCCGAGCCAGCAUUUGUGAAUCUGACUCGUGCCGAUCGUCUUCGACAACAUGAAAGGUUUGGGCACUUUCAUAUUGACGGUCUUGAAUAUGGACGCUGUCCGUUGUGUGACUUAGCGAAGUCGAGGCAAGAAGGGUGUAAGUCAGAACGUCCGGAGCACUGUAAGCCAAAGGCUUGGCUAGAUCAAGUGGAUUGGGAUCAUACCUACGGUUAUCCUUUGGGUCUUGAUGGGGAGAAAUUUCUUUUGUCAGGGGUGGAGACAUUCCAUGGCUGGGUAGAGAAUUAUCCUCACCGGGAAAAGGAUGAAGCGUGGAAAGGUCUGCGUGAGUGGUGUUUAGAAGUUGGAAAGCCCAAACGGGUGAGAAGCGAUAACGAUCCUACUUUUCGAGGCGAGAAAAGUGACUGGAGAAAGUAUUGCUUGAAGCAGAGUCCUCCGAUCGAGCCAACUACGUCUGCGCCGUUUACGCCGCAACGUAAUGGAGUCGUGGAACGGUGGAACCAAACUUCGAAAAAUGCCCUGCGGGCGAAUAUGAUCGGGGUUGAUCCUCGUCUUUGGCCAUAUUGUUCAAAGUAUAUAGCCUGGACUUGGAAUCGGUUAGCCCGGAAAGAGCAAAAGAGUCCAUUUGAAAAAGUUCACGAUCGCGCGCCUUCGCUCAAGUAUUUCAAGAAAUUCGGAGUCCUUUGCUAUGCUCGGAAGCACGUUACGAAAUCGACGGACUUAGGUGCGCUCGAUGUUCGGUAUGAACGUGGGGCAUUCUUGGGGUAUUCGAAAAACUCUUGCUAUUUAGUGGGUGUUUGGCGUGACGACAAACGAACGAAAGUUGGAUUAAGGUUCACUGUGAUCGAAAAUAGAUCCUGCAAGUUUGACGAAUCUUGUACGAUCGCCGACAUUGACGAUCUUCGCGAAAAGAACCGUGGCACCUUUGUACCCUUUGCCGCACCCGACAAAUUGCGUGUGUCGAACAUGCCUGAUCCGUUGGUGGCUCCCUCGGGAAGUCAUGAGCCCGAUCAGGAUGCUCCGCGUGACCAGGGUGAUUCGGGGCCCAAUGGGGCUACUGGAGACCAACAGGUCGAGGAAGGGGGCAAAGCAGUGGAAGGGGGCAAAGAGGAAAGUGCUGCGCAAGCAGAGGAAGAGGUAGUUAUUCCCGAAGCGGAAGAACUUGACGAACCUCCCGCCCGCCCAAAGCCCAAGGUCGUCAAGAAGAAAAGAAAGCAAAAGCCGAAGCCUGCAGUCGUGGUCAACAACAAAAAGGGUCGCCCGAAAGGUUCAAAGAACAAACCGGGAAGCAAAAAGCCAGGUCCUAAGCCAAAAGCAGCAGAAGCUGGAAACGUAUUUCAGUUGCCUGAUGAUUUUGACUUUGGUCGAGACUUGGACGAGUACCAUGCCAAGCGCAUUGAGGAAGAAGGUGAAGAAGUUUUUGCUCAUGUGGUGUCACUCACCAGAGCGCAGAUUCUUCGAGAUCCUGAUGCUCCGAAGUACAUAGAGGCCGACGAUGUUGAACGACUCAGACUUUUAGCAAAAGAGUGCUGGACAGUAGACGAGAAACCACAAAAAGGCGACGAAGUUGUGCCGUCGUGCGUGAUCUACACGAAGAAGAGAUGUGGAACAUACAAAGCGCGGCUGGUGGCACUAGGAAACUUACAGUCGAAAGAACUCUGUGGCGAAAUUUACAGUCCUACCAUUUCGCACGCAGCUAGUAGAGCCCUACUUGUUGACGCUGCUGCAAAUGGGAAACGGAUCAAAUUUUUCGACAUUUCAAAUGCGUUCAUUUGUGCGAGUUUAGGUGACGAGCGAGUUUUCGUGCGUCUUCCGAAGCACUGGAGCACUGAUCCGAGAGGUGAUGUCGUGCGCCUACUGAAGUCUCUUUAUGGUCUUCGAAUUAGCCCGCGUCGUUGGUUCGAUACCUACAGGAAGACUUUGGAGGAACUAGGUUGGAAGAUGUGUGAACGGGAGCCGGGGUUGUUCCGUAAAGGCGUUCUUACGUUGAGCGUGUACGUGGAUGACUGUGUCAUGAGUGGUGACACGGAAGAAAUUCUCGACAAAGAGAUGGGGAAAAUUUUGGACAAAUUUCCUGGAAAAGUGAUCCCGCCGAAAGCGAAACCAGGUGAAAAGGGUUGCGAAGUUUACGACCUCCUGGGGGCCACUCUGGAAUACAACGCAUCGAAAAAGACCAUGAGGAUCCACAUGGCAGAGGCUAUUGACAGAGUUUUGAAGAAAUUCAAUAUGGUUGAUUGUCGGGGAGUUGCUACGCCUGUACUUCCUGGAAGACAGUUGCCAGAAAUUCAGACUACUGAAGUUGAUACUUCUGCACCGGAAACAAAAUUCCCAUUGCGUAGCCUCGUGGGUAGCCUGCAAUAUAUCGCUUGUAUGUGCAGGGUAGACAUUGUCUACGCGGUGCAGCGUGUUGCAAGAGAAGUAGCAAAUCCGACACCCCAAGCGGUGAAAGCAGCAAAACGGAUUUUGGCCUACUUGAAAGCAACUCGGGAGAUCGGUUCAGAAUACUCGCCAAAAGCUGAAGAAGAUUUUCGCACGGUUUACACCAAAGUGACAAAGGAGGCCAGUCGGGAUUGUCCUGAUUUGUGUGCUUUCAGCGAUAGCGACUUUGCAGGGUGUACAGUUACACUGAAGUCCACCAGCGGUAGUAUCCUGUAUUAUCGUGGUUGUCCAGUCGCUUGGUCGUCAAAACGACAGACAGUCCGUGCUUCCAGCACGUGUGAGGCUGAGUAUGUUGCGAUUCAUGACACGAUCAAAAUGUGCUUGAGCCAGGGCUGGUCAGAUUGGUUUAUGGAAACUGAAGGGGAAACGCUUCCGCUCAUUUUCACAGACAAUCAAAGUGCGUUAAGUCUCAGCAAGAGUAGUAUCAUCACUAAGCGUUCCAAACAUAUUGACUUGCGUUAUCACAUUGUCCGUGAUCAUUGUCAGGAUUUGUGUUUUGUGCCGACAAAAGUAAACAAGGCCGACCCCCUGACCAAGGGCCUGCCUGGUGAAAAAUAUUUGUCUUUGUUCAAGACGGACCCAAAAGCAGAACUUCACACAGUGCGCGCGUUUCAUGUGUCGACUGACCUUCGGCCCAUUGUACUAGAGCCCGCCACUGUUAUGAUGUUGACUGCGAAGCUAAGUAAAGCAUCUGGAUUGACCAUCCAGAUCGAAGGAAAGCCCUACGACUUUGCCUAGUCGUUUGUGCCAAAAAGGAAGGAGGAAUGAGGUAUAUGCUACAGGUGAACAGUGGUUACUAUAGCUUCGGAAGGGGGAAUGUUGGAUAGAUCGGAAUCAUAAAUGACCUAGUGACGAUCAGAAGCAUACUACGAUGUAAAUCGCGAUGCAAAUCUGGUCUGAUGUCAAAUCCCUCGGGCUUGUAGUGCCCUCGAUCUGAAAUCCAUGAUCCUCCUCCGAUAGCCGUAGCCAUCCUGUUUGUCAUGCAUAUUGUCCAUCCUCUUGAUAUCUCAUCACACCCCUGCAGGUUGCGACUAGUACCCAUACUAGUGCGUCGAUAACAGAUAGUAAACACACAGUGACUCGUAGUCACUUAGUACUGCUAGUGCUUGUUCCCAUCUCGUUUACCUCUGUUGUUGCUAUCGUGCGUCUAGGCUUCUAACACAUGCAUAGGCUGGACAUGUGCUGGUGUUUGUAUUGCUGUUCAUGCCAUACAAAUGAGGGGGAAGGGGACGAGUUGUGCACUUUCAUAUGGGGAAGAAGAUCAGGCCACCGUGUUGGACAUCCGCGACGAGGACCAAGAAUCCGAGGAGGAGCUGGAAUUGCACGACGGGGCGGUUGUGAAAAAUGCUGGUGAGGAUGGCGUGAAGAUCGUCCGGCAGAAAGUGGAUGAGGAGGACGAAAUCAUGUAUAGAAUAAAGUGUUCUUUUUGCUUUCAGCUUAUUUGUCAUGCAUCAUAGACACUAGUGAUUUUUUAUUUCAAGCUGUCUGCAUAGUGACGCACGCAUGACAAACUCAACACUUCUCAAGGUCGCCGCCGCUCUCGCCGGUUUUGGCAGCGGGGGAUGUCGUAUGAAGUGCAGAAGUAUCGUACUAGUAUAAAUUGCAUUACAAAUUUUCGCAGCAUGAGAAAUAAAAUUUGUAAUGCUGUAAUGCUGUGGCGCCACAUCCUCUUCCGCAAACGGAAGCGCAAGAACGAAAACAACAGGCCACGCCAAGAUGUAGGUCAAGAAAACCAACCGCACCGAGGCGAGUCGAGGCGGCUAGAUAUUCAUCCGAACACCGAGCUGCUGAGAUGUCGAUAGAUCCUGAUAUUGAUUAUUCUCAAAUAGAGAUUGCCGAUUUAUCCACAUCGUUUCUUGAUUCAAGGUACAGACUCAUCAAUAUCUUGAUUCUCCGCGCUCCAGUAUGCUGCCUGUGUGGAAGAAUCUCAGAUAGUCCGCGUGCGAAGGUAAAGGCCACAUCUUAAUAUAGUAGAUGUGGACUUUGUAGAACAAGACGAAGGUCCGGCCAGAUCCAACCGAGAGAAGGCGCUAGUGGGUCACAAAAGCUAGCACCUUGAAGCGCCUGAUCGUGACAAAAAACGGGAGGUGAGCUCUGCCGCAAGCUGCUCCAGGGCGGAGGCAGCGAAGUGUCUACAGAGUUAAGGGACAAGCACCUAACAUAUAUGGUGCCCGAUAUGACCCUAAACUCGCCCAAGCCCCGGACCGUCCCAGAGUAGACAGCCGCACCACAGAGGGUAAGCUUGUGAGCAGACGGAGCGCACCCGGCCGCGGCUCGAAGAGAAGAAGCUGCAACAGUGUACCUCAGUGCCCGCGACUCGAAGAGAUGUAGUUGCAUUAUGGCGCGAUUGGUACAAGGAACGGGAGACAAUGCUGGCCGAUUAGGUGUUUCUCCUGAGAGCGGUGCCUCCCUGCUCGUUUCCUCCGGGUGGUCUGCGACAUCAUGUUCCACUUGAUAGCAAUAUGUAUAGCUAAAAACAGGUGUGAAGGAUCCUCCUCCUCCUCUAAUGCUGUUUUACCUUGGAAAGGAAAUGCGUCAUGCAUAAUUGCAAUUAGUACGAGUGCGAUACUUUUGCACAGGAUAUGUCGCCCGGGUGGUGUCGCCGUAA